AUGUUNAUCGCCGUGAACACCACAGAUUGUAACACACUUACAAUUCUUUCAUCAUGGGGUGGUGAACGUUAUGAUCCCGUGAUUUUACCGUUAACAACAGUAAUUACAAUUGGUUACACAGGAAAUGCAUGGUUAGGUGCUCUUUACAAUGAUACCAAUGGUUGGUGGGCUGUUGUCAAUCGAUUAAAUUUAGCUUUGAGACCUGAUGGUUAUAUUAAUAGUAGUCCAGUAACAACAACAUUACCUGUUGUUUUAUAUCCAAUCAAUGUACGAAUUAUUCAUGUUAUUCAAAUGGCAGAUAAUGAUGGAACGGAUAUUUUACAAUGUCGUCGAGCCAAUUCGAAUUCAUCGGGAAAUUUUAAUCAAGUUGAUGAAUGCGAAGGUAUUUGUUAUGGAUUACCAUCUGGAACAAUUUUAACUGGAUCGAAUUGUACAUUAUCAUUUACUUUACCAAUGGCGAAUAUUUAUUAUGCAUGUGCUGUUCAAAUUGAAGAUUAUUAUAAUACUGCAGCUACAAAUCCAAUGAGUUCAGUUCCAAUUCAAUUUUUAUUUUAUGGAUAUACACCUUCUGGUACUGCAUGUUCACAACGUCCUCAAAUUAUUGGUGAUCGGCCAAAUAGAGCUUGUAUCGGAGUUCCGAUUGGUGUUCAAUUGAAUGAAACUGUUAUUGUUCAAACAUAUUGUCCUGGUCAAACUAUUAUCGAUUUCAUCACAAGUUCUCCACUUGGAAUGAUGCAUAGUUCAAUCAUACAAACAGGUUCUUUUUUAUACACGAUGACAUUAACAUGGACACCAAUAGCAAAUCAAGCUGGUCCUCAGGGAUUUUGUGCUGGUGCUGUUGAUAAUAGUAGUUUACAAUCAGAUCCAUGGUGUAUUACAUAUUUAGUUGAUUAUACAUCACCAGAUCUCAUUCGUCCGACGGUUGUACAAGGAUCAGCAAGUCCUGUUGGAACAGUUUUUGCCAAUCAAUCAAUGUUUUCAAUUCAAGCCACAAGUUUAGUUGGUCGUCCAACUCGUAAUGGAACAAAUGUUUGUUUUAACGAUGCUGCAACGAAUAACACAGUUUUCUGUUAUGAUGCCGGUUAUUCAGCAAAUGUUAUUUAUACAGGAUAUACCAUUGUUAUCAUCACUAAUUAUACAUGGACACCCUANAAAGGCGGAAGCUUCAGAAAUUUCACAAAUUUGAUCACUGCUGAUUUCGGAUCAAUAUUAGCAUUCAUUAAAUCAAAUAGCCAGAACGAAACACUGACAAGUUCAUCGGAAGAUGAAACGAUUGCACCGUCCCCAUCAAAAUAUGUCGCAGCGAACACAUCCGUGGUGGAAUUAUCAUCCAAGGACAUAGAAUUAUUGGAUAUCAUUACGACCUGUAAACAAAUAUUGAGAUACGUGAAAUUGACAAGUUUGAAUAAACCAAUUCAAGAUGCCGGUGGCGUUGCGUUGAAACAAGCUACGGUAGUUCGAUGGUUAUCCAUGUCAAACUUACUGGAAUCGAUUGAGUCGUCCAUUGAUUAUCUCAGAUCAAUCCUCGCUAAAUCAACAAACAGUAGACAAUCGAUCAAGCUUAAUAAAAUAAAUGUUGAUGGACAGAAGGAUUUGAUUUGCCUUUUAUCGGUUUUCCGAGAUGUUUCCUUGUUAAUCCAAACCGGCAACCGCUCGUCAUUGCACAUGGCGUACAUUGCUAUGAAUAAAUUGGAACAUCACCUGAAUGGGACAGACGUGGACAAAGAAGGUGAAUCAAUCACACUGAAUGAUCGACACGAAGCUGCGGCAGUUCUUCAUCCAUUAUAUCGGAAAUUAACAUUUGCUUCGGCUCAGUGGAAAACUAUGGCACAUUUAUUUAUUCGGCAACAAAUUGAUGAUAUACUUGGUGUCGAUUAUUAUGAUCAAACAUUGCUGUCCGGGCCAGCAAAGAAUAAGCACAAGUCGAUGGAAGGUCAGUUUGCUGAUCCGGAUGACGUUAAUGUUGACAGUGAAAAUGACUUAAUCUCAGCGUCAGCAUCGAAGAAUGAUGAAUUAGACAAAUAUUUACGGAUGAGUAUCGAUGAUAUUUACAAACACCCUCAAUCCAUUGCCAUUUUGGAAGGACAAAGAGAGCAAGUUUCCAUGUUUAUCACUGAUUGCUCGUCGCCUCUUCUCUAUUCCUGUUACAUCGGUAGCUGUCGAAAGAUCUUUCUCUGCUGCAGGCUUAGUAGUCACAGAACGUCGUUCUUCUCUUGA